CCCCUCAUCCACUUUCUUCAACACUUUCUUCCUCCUUGAAACAAACGAGCUACAGAAAUGGGGACCUACCGAUCCUCGCAGAUUAUGCCUCUCCUCUUCUUCGUCAUCAUAACUUUAUCAUCGGCCUUGGCUUUGGCUUCUUCGAUCAUCUCCGAGAGGACGGAUGAGGAGGUGAUGGCGCUCUACGACCAGUGGCGUGCUAAGCAUGGGAAGUUGCGGAACGGCCUCAGAGGACAGCGGGAUGAUCGAUUCGAGAUCUUCAAGGAUAAUCUUAAGUACAUCGACGAAAUCAACGCCCAAAAUUUGCCCUACCGUUUAGGUUUGAACGUAUUUGCAGAUCUGACCAAUGCCGAGUACCGAUCCAAGUACUUGGGAACCAGAUUCGCCGCUGGUUCAAGGAGAAACAAGACGAGCAGUCGCUAUCAGCCUCGCCUUGGGGAUAAACUUCCCGAAUCUGUCGAUUGGAGGGAGAAAGGAGCCGUCGUUCCCGUUAAGGACCAGGGAAGCUGCGGGAGUUGCUGGGCGUUCUCAACUAUAGCUGCUGUGGAAGGCAUAAACCAGGUUGUUACAGGCGACUUGGUAAGUUUAUCAGAACAGGAGCUGGUGGAUUGUGACACUUCUUAUAACGAAGGUUGCAAUGGAGGCUUAAUGGAUUAUGCCUUUGAAUUCAUCAUCAACAACGGUGGCAUUGACACCGAGGAAGAUUAUCCUUACAACGGCUUUGAUAGCUCCUGCAUCCAAUAUAAGAAAAAUGCUAGGGUCGUUUCAAUUGAUGGCUAUGAAGACGUUCCUGUAAACGAUGAGAAAGCACUGCAAAAAGCUGCCGCUAAUCAGGUUGUGGCUGUUGCCAUCGAAGGAGGUGGUAGAAGUUUCCAGUUAUAUCAAUCGGGUAUAUUCACUGGAAAGUGUGGAACAAAUUUGGACCAUGGUGUUAACGUAGUUGGAUACGGGUCUGAAGGGGGCGUUGAUUACUGGAUUGUGAGAAACUCAUGGGGCGGGAGCUGGGGUGAACAUGGCUACAUCAGGAUGCAACGUAACAUUGCUUCCUCAACAGGUCUCUGUGGAAUUGCAAUGGAACCUUCCUACCCCAUUAAAAAGGGACCAAACCCACCAAAUCCAGGCCCAACUCCUCCAAGUCCGGUGAAACCACCAUCUGUAUGCGAUGAAUAUUACACCUGUCCCGCCGCUGAAACCUGCUGCUGCAUCUUUGAGUUCUCAAACCUGUGCCUUGAAUGGGGAUGCUGCCCACUUGAAAGCGCCACCUGCUGUGAUGACCAUUACAGCUGCUGCCCCCACGACUAUCCCAUCUGUAACGUCCGUGCUGGAACCUGCUUGAAGGGGAAGAAUGAUGUUUUCGGAGUGAAGGCGAUGAGGCGCACUACAGCUGCAGCCAAACCAUCGUGGGCAUUCGGAGAUGUGUCUGUUGGAAAGAGCAGUGCUUAAUAAGAUUGCAGCUUUGUGGGGGUUAAGAACGAAAGACAGGCUUGUUACUGUUGCAUCGAUACUCUCCAAGGCCUGUGUUUCUCAUAUUGCAUGCCUCCCGGUUUCACACAUUUUAGUUCAAUGGUCGUUUAAGUUAUCACACCAUGAUUAUUGUAUAUAGGACUUAUUUGAAUAUAAACAUUUGAAACAGAGACUAAUUGUUGUCAAGUUAAUAUUAUUAGCUCUCUCUGUGUAGAAUUCUGAAUUCAGCAACCAUUGGGGCUGUGCAUUAAUAAUGAUGUGUUGUAUCAUUUCAAAGGUA